GGCAUGCUGGGAGCCCGCACUUCCUCCUCAGGGGCCUCUAGAAAACCACAGGGCCCCGGGCCAGGGCAGCCGCCCCCAGGGAGCCAGCAGGAUGGCCGAGGGCAGGGCGGGUGGCGCAGCCGGCCUCUUUGCCAAACAGGUGCAGAAGAAGUUCAGCAGGGCCCAGGAGAAGGUACUGCAGAAAUUGGGAAAAACUGUAGAAACCAAAGAUGAGCGAUUUGAACAAAGUGCCAGCAACUUCUACCAACAACAGACAGAAGGCCACAAGCUGUACAAGGAUCUAAAGAACUUCCUUAGUGCAGUCAAAGUGAUGCACGAAAGUUCAAAGAGAGUGUCAGAAACCCUACAGGAGAUCUACAGCAGCGAGUGGGAUGGUCAUGAGGAGCUGAAGGCCAUCGUAGGGAAUAAUGAUCUCCUUUGGGAAGACUAUGAAGAGAAACUGGCUGACCAGGCUGUGAGGACCAUGGAAAACUAUGUAGCCCAGUUCAGCGAGAUUAAGGAGAGAAUUGCCAAGCGGGGUCGGAAACUUGUGGACUAUGACAGUGCUCGACACCACCUGGAGGCGGUGCAGAAUGCCAAGAAGAAAGAUGAGGCCAAGAUUGCCAAGGCAGAGGAAGAGUUCAACAAAGCCCAGAUUGUGUUUGAAGAUCUGAACCAGGAACUACUAGAGGAGCUGCCUGUUCUUUAUAAUAGUCGUAUUGGCUGUUAUGUGACCAUCUUCCAAAACAUUUCCAACUUGAGGGAUGUCUUCUACAGGGAAAUGAGCAAGCUGAAUAACACUCUCUACGAGGUGAUGAGCAAACUGGAGAAGCAACAUUCCAACAAAGUCUUUGUGGUGAAGGGACUAUCCAGCAGCAGCAGGCGCUCUUUAGUCAUUUCUCCCCCAGUCCGAACAUCUACAGUCUCCAGCUCUCUAAGCUCACCUACCAGUCCCUCUGCACUUUCCUUGAAGGAUGAGAAUGAAUCUGGCUCAGCAACUGAAGAAGACCUGGCACCUGAUGCAGCUCAGGGAGAAGACAAUUCCGAGAUCAAAGAAGAGCAAGAAGAGCCCUUAGAAGAUGAGGAAACAGAAGAAGAAAGGUGCGAAGCAAGUUCUUCUGAGGAAGAAGAGUCUCUACCAGCCUGCAAUGGCCCAACCCAGGCCCAGCCCUCUCCCACCAUUGAGGGUGGAAAGUCCCAGGAGGAAGUUCUCCCUUGCUCUGCAGCUCCAUCACCAGGCAGAGCCCUGAUUCCUUCAGAAUCAGAGCAGCCUUCAUCUGCCCCAGAAGUAGUCUUCCGAACUCGUACCUCAAGUGAAGGAUCUGAACACCCAAAGAAGAGAGCCUCUAUCCAGAGAACCUCAGCACCACCUAGUAGGCCUCCUCCACCCAGAGCCACUCCAAGCCCCAGGCCCUCCUCGGGGAACAUACCCUCCAGCCCUCCAGCUUCUGGAGGGGCUUCACCCACCAGCCCCAGGGCCUUCUUGGGGACUGGGACUCCAAGUCCUAGAGCCUCCCUAGAGGCCUCUUCUAAUCCAGAGCCACCAGAGAAGCCAGUAAGAACUCCUGAAGCCAGAGAAAAGGAAAACACCCACAAUCCAAACCCAGAACUCUGUACUUCCCCCACCAUGAUGAUCCCUCAGGUUUUUUCAGAGCCUGAAACAGCAAGGAAGAUGGAAGACAAGGAAGAGAAUAAUAAGCUUAUUUCAGCUGACUCCCCUGAGGGCCACGGCCUUCAGCUUCAAGACUCUGCAGUUCCAGGAGACAGCAAUCUCACAGCACCUGAGCCUCAAGAAGAGGGAUCUACAAGUCAAGAUGCACAACUCUGAAGAGAAAUUGCCAAGACCCUCCCAUACACAUGCCUCCCCAGAGAAGCUCCUCAACUAGAGGGUAUAGGUCAGAGGGAUAUAAGAGCCAGCAUUCAUUUCUAGAUUCUCAGACAGUAUGAAUGCUGGUGGUCUCUAAAACCUGGCAUUAUUGGAAGCUGAGGAACAGUCUUGUGGGAGGGAGGGAGGGAGGCAAGCAGUCUUGGGAGAAGAGAAUGUUAGACUCGGGGAAUACUUAAUUCGGGUUUUAGCAUUUUUAGAAGAAUAAGACUCUAUGUAUCAAUUAAAAUGGGGCUAUAAAGCAAAAGUAUCUAUAGACAAACACUUGUCCACACAGAGACAUAUAACGACACAUACUCAGAGAAUAGUGAACAAAUCUGUCUUUGACUUAAACCACUAGCCAGAAGAAUAGAUUUUCAGACUGUUAAAUAAAGUAUGAUUCUGACU